CCCGCCUGCGAGGAGGGCGGAGCCGGCCUGGCUGUCACAAAGGCAUGUUUCAUUUAGCUAGCCACCGCGCUAACCGCCGUCCAAAUCCACACGGCUCUGGCUCUGACCGCGACGACAAAGCGCCUGUUCAGACGACCCGAGGAGACGCAGGAUGCCGGUGAAAGGCGGCGGGAGACUGGCCUCGUACCCGAGCAAGAGCGAAAAUGUCGGAAGCUCAGGGACAGAAGAGAUGGUCUGGGAGCAGUUCACAGUCACUCUGCAGCGGGACUCUAAGAUGGGUUUUGGCAUCGCUGUCUCAGGUGGGCGUGACAACCCCAACGUGGACAACGGUGAGACGUCGAUCAUCGUGUCAGAUGUGCUGCAGGGAGGACCAGCAGAUGGAUUACUCUUUGAGAAUGACCGUGUCAUUCAGGUCAACUCCAUCCCCAUGGACAAUGUGCCUCAUUCCUUUGCUGUGCAGUCUCUCCGUAAAUGUGGCAAAGUGGCCAAAAUAACGGUUAAGAGACCUCGUAAGGUGGCGGUCCAAUCGCUGAAGCAGCCCCCGUCCCCAGGCGGAGACAGUCGGGAAUACGCCCCCUCCACCCAUUAUUACGAUGCCGAUGACAACGGCUGGUACCGUAACGAAGGCCGGGACCACACCUCUGACAGCAAAGGAUACCUGGAACCUGAGUACAGGGGAGGGCGGGACUACAACCAGAGAGGGAGGAGCCGCGGAAGGAGCCAGGAGAGGUCCUCGCCCAGCCCGGACAGAUCCAGGAGGGAUGGUAGCCGGGGACGAGCCCUGGACUCCAGCGCUGACCGUCAGAGGUACCACAGCCGAGGACGUAGCCCCGGGGACAGCUACCGCUUGGAGGACAAGUACGAGCGAGGAGAAGGAGGAGGUGGAAGAGGAGGGAGAUACAGGAGCAGGGACCAUCUUAAUGACAACCCUCCAUCCCCAGAACCUUCCAGGGAGCUGGAGCCGCUGGACAAACCUGUCAACGUCCUGCUGGUGAAGAACAGACCCAACGAAGAAUAUGGUCUACGUCUGGGGAGUCAGAUCUUCAUCAAACAGAUGACCAGCACAGGCCUGGCUGCCAAGGACGGGAACCUGCAGGAGGGAGACAUCAUUCUCAAGAUCAAUGGGACAGUGACAGAGAACCUCUCUCUGCAUGACGCUGGGAAACUGAUAGAGAAGUCGAGAGGGAAGCUGCAGCUGGUGGUCCAGAGAGACAGCCGCCAGAUCCUCGUCCGCAUCCCCCCCCUCGCAGACUCUGAUUCUGAUAAUGAUGACAUGUCAGAGAUGGAGUCGUAUCAUUCCUAUUCUCCCCCAGAGGAGAGGAGGUCCCGCCAGUCUGACCUGUCCUCACACUCGUCCAACGAAAGAGACAAUCCCAGGGAAGAACCCAUGAGGACAGCCAAGAUGUCAGCCAUGGCCUCCCCAUUCAAAAUACCUGAAGACCCCCAGGCCUCAGCUGAGGUGGACAAAGGCACACCGCACAUUGAGGAGCCUCCAGUUGCUGUAACAGCCACGCCCAAGAUUCUCCUCCGACCAAGUCCAGAAGAUGAAAAAAUAUAUGGGCCAAACACAGUGAUGGUGAACUUCCAGAAGGGAGACAGUGUCGGGUUAAGGCUGGCAGGAGGAAAUGAUGUUGGCAUCUUUAUCGCUAGUGUUCAAGAGGGCAGUCCUGCUGAGGAAGAGGGCCUGCGCAUCGGAGACCAGAUCCUAAAGGUGAACAAUGUUGAUUUUCAAGGUGUGGUGAGAGAGGAAGCUGUGCUCUUCCUGUUGGAGAUUCCUAAAGGAGAAGUUGUCACCAUCCUGGCCCAGAGCAAACCUGAUGUCUAUAAUGACAUCUUGGUUUCGGGGCGUGGAGACUCCUUCUUCAUCCGGACCCACUUUGAGUAUGAGAAGGAGACUCCUCAGAGCCUGGCCUUCAGCCGGGGGGACGUCUUCAAGGUGGUGGACACCCUUUAUGACGGCAAGCUCGGCAACUGGCUGGCAAUCCGUGUUGGCAAGGACAAGCAGCUGCUAGAGAAGGGCAUCAUUCCCAACAAGAGCAGAGCGGAGCAGAUGGCGAGUGUCCAGAGCUCCCAUAAAGCUGUUGCGGGCGACCGAGCUGAUUUCUGGCGGUUGCGAGCUCAGCGUUCUUUGAAGAGGAAGGACCUGAGGAAGAGCAGAGAGAACCUGAGCAGUCAGACCCUUGCCACCCGCUUCCCAGCGUACGAACGAGUGGUGCUCCGAGAAGCUGGUUUCCGGCGUCCUGUGGUGCUGUUUGGCUCCAUCGCUGAUGCUGCUAAUGAGAAACUGGCCUCUGAGAUGCCCGAACUGUUUGUUAUUGCCAAAACUGAGCCUAAGGACGCCGGCUCUGAGAAGUCCUCAGGAGUGGUUCGACUGAACACCAUCAGACAAAUUAUCGAGCAGGACAAGCACGCCCUGCUGGAUGUGACACCCAAGGCAGUGGACACCCUAAACUACACCCAGUGGUACCCUAUCGUCAUCUUCUUCAACCCAGACAGCAAGCACGGGAUCAAGACCAUGAGACAGAGGAUCAUCCCCAACUCCAACCGCAGCGCCCGCAAACUCUACGAGCAGUCGGUCAAACUGAGGAAGACCUGCUCUCAUUUAUUCACUGCCACCAUUGAUCUGAACUCAGCCAACGAUGCCUGGUACGGCAGCGUCAAAGACUCCAUCAGAGAGCAGCAGAUGCAGGCUGUCUGGGUUUCUGACGGCAAGCUGGAGGGAGUAGAGAGUGAUCUGGACUGCCAGGACGUGGAGCGUCUGUCCUUCCUGUCCGCCGACUACCUCAGCAUGGACAGCCGGCUGACCUCCGACCUGGACGACACUGCCGACGAGGGCGGGACCUACACCGACAAUGAGCCGGAUGUGGAGACGAUGCACAUUUCCGCCAUCAGCCGCUCGUCUGAACCUGUGACAGCUGAGGAGAUCUUGCGCAGGUAUAGUCCAGACAUCAGGAGUCGCAUGAGGAAAAUCAGCAGCCGGGAAGUCCUCAACAGGUGCAGCCCUCCACCUGUCUUCUUACCAGACAAUAAGGUGAAACUGUCUCUGAGGGAAGAUCCAGUCCUCAUAUCAGGCUCCACGAACCCACACCAUCACCACCGUCAACACCACCCUCCACCCCCUAGCUCCAGCCGAAGUUACGAUUCCCCCUCCAGCAGCAGUCCCGCCAGCAGCAACAACGACCCUCCACCACCCAUCUCCCGUUCAGCUGCCUCUUCCGGCCCACUGCCUCCGCCUCCGGCUCAUCAUUUCAACUCCUGCGGCAAACUGCGGCCCCUGGGAGCGCCCCAACCUCCCCCGGUGCCCAAACCCAGCAGCUUUGGGAGCACGGCAGAGGUUGCAGUUCACUCUCCUCUGGCUCUGUCAAGUGCCACCGUGGCGGCCUGUAGGCUGCAGCAGGAGGCAGCAGAGGACAGCCCUGUGGAGGAUCCGUCCAUGAGGUCCUUCCUGGGGAAGAUCAAGGCCUUCGAGAAGAUGGAUCACUUCGCCCGAGCCCAAAGGAUACUGGAAGUGCAGGAGGCGCACAAUGCCAGGUUGGAAAUUUCUCAGAAGCACCCAGACAUCUAUGCUGUUCCCCUGAAGACGGCCAAGCUGGAUCACAGUCGCCCACAGCCUAUCGGCUCCAGCUCCUGUCCUGAACCCCAGAAUCUUGGAUCCUCCAGGGAGGGAGGUCCCUUCUACCCCAGCGAAGAGGAGGCACAGGAAGAGGCAGUGCCAGGAUACUUCACUGCAAACUCCUACCAGUACCAGGACACUGAACUGUAGGGCCAGCACACAGCAGCUGUGUCGGCCCUCAGCCUCCUGGACAUACAUGUACACACGCACUGCACAUGCAGUAUAUUUACACACUUGCCAUUCCAUCACGUCCUGCACAACAAAUAAGCUGCUGACUUUGAACUGACUCUUGCUUCUUAAAGUUUAAGGGGGGACAACUGCCUUUUUUUUGCUUCAAGGAAGUUAAAGCAAUCUGUACUAUCCAUUUGGAUAGGACCACACUGUCUUCACUUUACUUUUUAUGUUGUAUUUGAUUGUUUCUUUCUUACGUAACACUUUUAACGGUCAAAACUGAGUGACUAGGAACUACUUAUUUUCUUGCCUAUGCAACUCUUCAGUUUGUGCACACCAACUGAAACCUAUUGCCACGAGUUUUGCCCUCACAAAAACCUCAACAAACCCACAAUGCGCUUUAUCACGUCUAUCCCCGGCUUUUUUUAAGCUCCUAUUAUUGCCAGCUACGAUCAACAAAAGUUACAUAUAUAUUAUUACAUAUAUAUAAUAUAUAUAUAUCUAAAGUAAAGUGUUUAUACUCUGUCUUUGCAUUCCUUCGUAUAUGACAAUGCCUGUGUAUACAUACAGUAUAUAUCUAUAUAUAUUCUAUCUAGUAACUCUGGAAUUUGUUACAAUUUUUUGAAGUGCCUUUUACUUUCUUAGUCCCAUGAGGUUUGGGUUGUCUUUCCUCCGCCCCUCAGCCGCCCAGCUGUACUAAAACCUCUGCUGCUGUCAAGCUUAAAGGGAAACCAGGGAACCAGUGACACCAAAACCUUAAUGCUGUCCCCACACACACUGUACUGUAUGUUGUCACCUGCAGUGACAAAACAUGGCCACAAAACUACAGUACACACCUUGCACCUCCAGUCCCGUCUGCCAUGUGUAAGAAAGAGCAAACACUGUCUGAUCUCAAGCAUUCGAUCAAGAACAACACGAGUGUAACACCGGUUUGAAAUUAGAAAUUGAGAUACUCAGACAUGGUCAAAGCUAUAAAGGCCCGGUCACUCCAGCAGAAAAACAGCCAAAAGGUGAGGCACAAUCAGUGGACAAGUAAAUCUGAGCAAGUCUUCCAUGUCAAAUUCAGUUUUGGUGAACUGUAACCUGGGCAACUAACCAGUGGUGAGCUGUCUUGACAGUGACUCUGAAGGGAAGAAGAGCCAGAGAGUUUAAAGAAAGGAAGCUAUCAUAGCGUGUUAGCUUUUUUACACUUUUAUAUGACCUUCUCUCUCAGAGUAUAGACUACUCCAUGAAAGAGCUAUGAAAAGCUAUGAGACAAGAGAUGAUAAACAUGUUUCCUGAAUAGACUUUGUAAAACUAUUGUCCCGUUAGCAACCAUGUUCACUAGCUUGCUAAACUGAAUAAGCUAGUUAGCCACUGGCUAGCAUGUUAGUGAUGCCACUAAAGUUGGACGCUUUCAAUUAAAGGGAAGUUCUGGUUUUGUACAACUUUGAACUUUCAUAGUUUUUGCCAUCAUUUCUAAAUGUUACUGUAAUUAACAUUAGUAUUAGUCGUAAAAUUGUAUUUAACCAAAUCACCGAUAUCUCUGAAUGCAGCAAAGUUGCUAAAACAGUCCAAUCACUGAGCUUAAAUGGCUCGCUAAAGUCAGUUAGCUCGCCGGCUACAGUAGUUUGCCAAGUAGUGCUGUGAGUAGCUUGUCACUACAUCACCAAGCUUCUAGCACAACAUGUUUUAUUAGGACGUCCAGUGAAUUUUGCUGUGCCACUUCCUGGUGUGACUGGGCCUUAAGAUGAUUUUUUUUUUUUUUUUUUUUUUUUUUGGCCAUCUUUGGUGCUCAGCAUUCGUUGCUGUAUUGUUUUUGCACUGUACCUCCCAGUCAGACAUGAUUUGCAAGUCUUACUGAAUGGCCAGUAGAGUGAUGUCUUUGCCUUGGAAUGCUUUGUUCAUUACGUUUCUGCAGGUGGCGCCCUCUUCUGUCUGUUUAGCCAUGGUGGCUAUCACUGCCUAUGCUAACAACCCUGUUAAAUGAAACGGUGGGUAAUAUUCUAUAUUUUUCUUAUUGUCAACAAAUCCAAUACAAACCAACAAUGAAUUAAUCCUUCUAACGAAUAUUAUGUGUGUAUUCAAAGCCUGCUGUAUCAUUUUCCUCUGUGCCAUAAAGCUCAAAUGUUGUCAAAAAAAAAACUAUUAAAGACACAUGAAAUAUUUGCUAGAACACCAAAUGUGUAUUAAUCCACUGCUGAAAAUAAUCCCUAACAAAUCCACCAUUUCCACCUGGUUGAGUAAUGUUUGAUAAGAACUGAAGUGUCCAUCUGUUUUAGGAAAUUACUGCACCUUUUAAAAAAAAAUGAAGCUAUGCGUUUGAGCCAUUUUUCACAUUUUUAUGUCCUCAAAAGAAACUACUCAGAAUCACAGACUCAGACUCACACAUUGUUGGUUUUGGUCUUUGUGUGGAGUUUAUGGAUAAUAAGAAGAAUAUAGAAGAACACCACCCUUAUCUUUUCAAAGCUGUGUCCCAUUUCAGGACAGCUUCAUAUGAAGGCUCAGUGAAGCACAAUCUGUCCUCUGAAGGUAUGGCCGGAUGAUCUCGCAAGGCGGCCUCAGAGCGUUGUGCCUAGACUUCAACACAGAACCGCUCUUCAAGAUCUCAAGAUCAAUAAAGCAGGAUUCACCUGAAGGCCUUUAUCAUGUCACUUGAUAAUGUGGUGCAUAUUCCUAAACAAGUUCACAGUAAGCUUUGGCCUCUUGGGAAGUAGCCCUCUUAGCUAGGCUGGUAAUCCAGCUUUGUCUGACGAACCGCGUUUGUGGACUGUGUCCUUCCAAGAGGGAAGGCUCUGAAUUGAGACACAACUUCUUUUAUUAUUCUGCACCAGCUUUAGACAUUAAACACAGGACUUCCUGUACGCUAGCAGACAUUUCCCCACAGAAACCUACCAGACAUGGAGAACAGCAAAAGUAAAAUCUUCAAUGUACAAAUUUCUACACCCGGAAGGAAACCUGUGCUAGAUGAGUCCCAGCUUUGAGUGGGAGUGUGUGUUCCGCCAUGGUCUUGCUGUCUGUGGUGGAGACACUCAGCUGUCUUUGCUUUGGGCUCCAACAUCAAUGUGAAUGAAUGGUGUCCCACAUGUUCCACAUAUGCUUGAUUGUAUAUCUCAGUUCACUCUUUACCUCCACACAUGAGUUGCAAAGUGCUUACUGUCAGAAUCCAAGUGCUAAUGAGUGACGUCCUCCACAUGGACUGGCAUUGGACUCAUGGAGUAUACUGUACUUUGUCAUGGCAGAGGAUUAUAUUACAAAUGAAAGGGGGAGAAUGAGAAGAGUGACUGGACUGUGUCUGUUGAGUUUUUCCAUGUUUUCACCUUAAAAACACCAAAUAAAACAAAAAGUCUUAACCACG